AUGUUCGCCGACAUCGACGCGGUCGACCGCUUCCAGGCCGGCGAAACCGGUCAGGAGCUGCUGGGCAUCAUGGAGGACCGCGGCCUGCUGGGCCUGGCCUACUGGCACAACGGCAUGAAGCAGCUCUCGGCCAACCGGCCGCUGCUGGAGCCGGCGGACGCGGCGGGGCUGAAGUUCCGCAUUCAGACCUCCGACGUGCUGGAGGCGCAGUUCCGCGCGCUCGACGCCAAUCCCCAGAAGAUGGCCUUCUCCGAGGUCUACGGCGCGCUGCAGACCGGCGUGGUCGACGGGCAGGAGAACACCUGGUCGAACAUCUACACCAAGAAGUUCUUCGAGGUGCAGGACGGCAUCACCGAGACCAACCACGGCAUCAUCGACUACCUGGUCACCGUCUCGGCCGAGUGGUGGAACGGCCUCGAGCCGGAGGUCCGCGACCAGCUCCACGGCAUCCUGAUGGAGGUCACGGAGACGCGGAACACCAUGUCCUACGAGAUCAACCAGGAGAACCGGCAGAAGAUCCUGGAUGCCGGCGGCACCAUCCGCACGCUGUCCGACGCACAGCGGGCCAAGUGGGUCGAGGCUAUGAAGCCGGUCUGGGCGCAGUUCGAGGACGACGUCGGCGCCGCGACCAUCGAGGCGGCGCAGGCGGCCAACACCGGCAGCUAG